UUUACAGGUGGGAGGUAGAAAUGGAGGUUGUUCCACCACUGCCUUCCUCCGAAGAGCUCAGAGCACGUAGCACAGGCCAGUGGAGAGCAAAAACGAGGCAGCCAUGUCUGAACUGGUGCCAGAGCCACGGCAAAAACCAGCUGUGCCAAUGAAACCGAUGGGCAUUAAUGCCAACUUGCUGGGCUACAUUGGGAUUGACACCAUCAUUGAGCAGAUGCGCAAGAAGACCAUGAAGACAGGUUUCGACUUCAACAUCAUGGUUGUAGGUCAGAGUGGGCUGGGGAAGUCGACACUGGUGAACACCCUCUUCAAAUCCCAGGUGAGCCGCAAAUCUUCAGGCUGGAACCGUGAGGAGAAGAUCCCCAAGACAGUGGAGAUCAAAGCCAUUGGGCAUGUCAUUGAAGAAGGUGGUGUCAAGAUGAAGCUGACAGUGAUUGACACCCCAGGAUUUGGGGACCAGAUCAACAACGAGAACUGCUGGGAACCUAUUGAGAAAUACAUCAACGAGCAAUAUGAAAAAUUUUUGAAAGAGGAGGUGAAUAUUGCAAGGAAGAAACGAAUUCCAGACACACGAGUGCAUUGCUGCCUCUACUUCAUCUCCCCCACAGGCCACUCCCUGCGGCCUUUGGACCUGGAGUUCAUGAAACAUCUCAGCAAGGUAGUGAACAUCAUCCCUGUUAUUGCCAAGGCUGACACCAUGACCUUGGAGGAGAAGAUUGAAUUCAAACAAAGAGUGCGCAAAGAGCUGGAAGUAAAUGGGAUCGAGUUUUACCCCCAGAAAGAAUUUGAUGAGGACCUGGAGGAUAAAACAGAGAAUGACAAAAUCAGGCAGGAAAGCAUGCCGUUCGCAGUAGUGGGCAGUGACAAGGAGUACCAAGUGAACGGCAAAAGAGUCCUGGGCAGAAAAACACCUUGGGGAAUCAUUGAAGUGGAAAACCUCACUCACUGUGAAUUUGCCCUACUUCGAGACUUUGUCAUCAGGACCCACCUUCAAGAUCUAAAAGAAGUGACUCACAACAUCCACUACGAGACCUACAGGGCCAAGCGGCUGAAUGACAAUGGAGGGCUUCCCCCUAUGACCGUCGAGACAGAGGAAAACCAUGAAAGUAACCUGUGAAUGACCCUUCCCUGCUGUCACCUGGUGUCUCUGGAUAUGACAAUCCAUCCCUGCUACCCUUGACUCUACCAUGGGCCUGUCUUUGAAGCAUGUGGUGCACCCUCUGUGUGUGUGAGAGGAUGUGUGCGUGCAUGUGUGUUUGUAUGUACCUGUGUGCCAGGGAUGGACCAAAGGCAUCUCCUCUGUCCUUCCCAGAAUGUCCUCAUUCUUCGUUCAUUUUUUGCACAGCAGACUGUCUGUCAUCUUCCUUUUUCUCAUGUU